AUGGAGUCCAAAGUAGAGAAGGACGCGGUCCAAAAGCCGCAUGGCUAUGAGUUCGGAGGGCCUAUCGGCGCCUUCGGCAUCUCUUUCGGUCUCCCGAUUCUCGUCUACCUCUUCACCUUCAGCUGCAACGACGUGUCGGGCUGCCCUGCUCCCUCUCUUUUGAGCCCUUCGACCCUCAAGCUCGAUCAACUCAAGCGCGAAGUCGGAUGGCCCGAGGAGGGCAUCUGGGGCCUCGCAGACAACAAGGUCACUGCUGCCGUCUUGGGAUACUACCUCUUCAACGCGCUCCUCUACCGUAUCCUUCCCGCGACCGAGGUCGAUGGCGUCGAGCUCGCCUCUGGUGGCCGCCUCAAGUACCGAUGCAACUCCUUCGCUUCCAGCAUGUUUAUUCUGACCGUCUGUCUCGCCGGCACCAUUGCCCAGGGCGCCGAGUUCCCUCUCUGGACCUUCAUCACCGACAACUACAUCCAAGUCGUUACGGCCAACAUGCUUAUUGCCUAUGGUAUUGCGACUUUCGUGUACGUGCGAAGCUUCAGCGUCAAGCAGGGUAACAAAGAGCUCCGCGAGUUGGCUGCGGGUGGACACUCUGGCAACCUCAUCUACGACUGGUACAUUGGGCGCGAGCUCAACCCCCGCGUUACCAUCCCUCUCCUAGGCGAGAUAGACAUCAAGGAGUGGCUGGAGAUCCGACCGGGUCUGUUGGGCUGGUCUCUGAUGAACUUUGCGUGGAUGGCCAGACAGCACCGCACCUACGGCUUCGUCACCAAUAGCAGCGUCUUCGUCUCUGCCGUCCAGCUUGCGUACGUCAUUGACUGCUGGUGGAAUGAGCCCGCGAUCCUGACGACGAUUGACAUCACCACGGACGGCUUUGGCUUCAUGCUCUCCUUUGGCGACCUCGUCUGGGUUCCGUUUGUCUACUCCCUGCAGACUCGUUACCUGGCUGUGUACCCCGUCUCGAUGAGCCCCUUGGGUAUGGCCGGUAUCGUCGGACUCAUCGGCGUUGCCUUCUCCAUCUUUCGACUGUCCAACAGCCAGAAGAAUGCCUUCCGUAGCAACCCGGACGACCCAAGCGUUGCCCACCUCAAGUACAUCGAGACCAAGACCGGAAGUCGCCUCCUCGUUUCGGGCUGGUGGGGAGUCGCUCGUCACAUCAACUACCUUGGCGACUGGCUCCAGGCGUGGCCGUACUGCUUGCCCACGGGCAUGGCUGGAUACACCAUUGUCUCGGCAGGCACCGGAUAUGCCCAAGCCGGACUCGAGGGAGCUUUUAAGAUGGCUGAUGGUCGUGAGGUUAUCCAGGGCGCGGCUCGUGGCAUGGCGACUCCCAUCACCUACUUUUACAUUGUUUACUUUGCCGUCUUACUGAUUCACCGCGACCGCCGCGAUGACGAGAAGUGCUCUCGCAAGUACGGCGAGGACUGGGAGAAGUACAAGAAGAUUGUUCGGUGGAGAAUCCUUCCUGGUGUCUACUGA